AAAUAAAAAAAAACAACCGCAAUUACCAUAAUUCUCAUAAACACAUACACACAUUCUCUUUUACGAUUUUAUAGAUUACAAUCUUUGUUAAUUAAUAAUACGUCGAAAGACAGUAUGUACCUCCCUUAAAAUUAUUUGACAAGCAAAACCGCAAAUGGAUACCUAUUGUAAUUUUGUAACUAUUAUCUCAUGUUAAUUAGUCUUAAUUUAGGCACAAAGUAUUUUAUAACUGUAGGCAUAAGGUGUGGUGUAUUCGCGAAAACAGUUUGCUAGUCUUUGCAGAAAGAAGGAAACAUUAUUGAAGUUCGUUGUUAAAUUGACAAUAACACUGGAUUUUCUUAUCAAUCCCAUGCACAUUUCUUGGUAAAUGUACAAUGUGGCAAUCUCAUAACACAACCAUACCAAUACCCCCAAACUUAUUGAGAAACUUUAACACAUUUGACAUUUUGAAACCCCAAAGAAAUGGCGCCGAAAAUAGGGAUGUGGCAAAAGUCGAGAAACUGGUCGAUAUCGACGAUUCCUCACAAGAUUCGGGGUUCCAUGAGUUUGAAUCAUUGUUAUUAAAUAAAAAGAAAGAUUUAACAUUAAUCGAUGUGUACGAAAAUAUUUAUCUUACGCCGCAAGAUAUUAAAGUGAAAAGUGAAGAGGAAGAAUCAACUAGUUUGCCUAGUAACCCAAAUGUAGAUUUUAAGGAACUUUUUGAUAUUAUCGAAUCAGGUAAGAAAUAUGAUUGGGUGAAACCUUCAAGCAGCAAAGAAAAAACUAAAUUUAAACCGGAUGAUCACGAAGAUAUUGUAAAACCAAGGGUGCUAGUUCCACCGGUAAUUCAUGAGACAAACUUAGAUCCAGACGAAUUCAUUUACGAAGUGCUCUCACAGAAAGAUAUAAAUAAGCAUAUUUUAAAUGAAACAAAAUCACAAUCCAAUCUUCGCAGUUCCUCUGAAGUUAAACAUAGCGUUUUGACAGCUGAUGACAGACGACGAAUUUUAAAUAACUUUACCAAAAAUAUAAAUGAUAACAUGAAUAAACAUGACAUCAAACAAACUGAAACAUCUAUUAAACGUAUUAACAAUAACAAUUUUAUCGUAAAGGCUAUAAAAAAGGACGAAAAAGUCUAUAAAAAGAAGCAUAUUGUCAAACCAGAAACACAAACGUCAAAAUUUACAAAAGGUCCCGAUUUAUACGAGAAAUCUGUUGUUUUACCACAGAUUAUGGCACGUAUGUUCGAUAGAAAAGAAUAUUUAGAUGAAAAGAAUAAUAUACAGAGAAGACUAGUUUUAGAUUCGGGUACGAAUAAAUUGCAAGCUCAACCUAAUAUUUCUAAAACCGAAUAUUUAAAAAACAGCGCACCAACCAUGAGAAAUGACGUAAACGUCGGCUUAAAAUAUCAACCCAAUGGUACGAAAACCGAAACAGAAUUUAAAAACGACGCACAACCCGUUAGAAGUGUCGUAAACGUCGGCUUGAGGGUAAACAAAACAGAUUCGGCUAAAUUAACAGAUGCUAUUAUAUUAAGUGCGAAUCGCUCGAGCUGUACUCCAGCUAAAACAGUUAUAGACCUUAGUAAUAAUGCGACUAGCAGUAAAAUAACUAAAGAUAGAGAUUUCGGGAAACUAGACCCUGUUGUCCUGAUGGAAGAUUGUAACAAAGAAAGGCUAAAAGCUUGGCAGCGAAGUCAGCUGUUCAAGAACUUUGUUCAAAAAGGGAAAUUUGAAUUGUGAUAUCAACUCAUUGUGAAGGAACGAAAGAAAAACCAUUAUAUACCGCAUUUUAUUUGAGAGAAUAAUAGUUAAGGUAGAUUUUAAGUUGAUUGGAUACAAAGCAGAAUGGUAUUGUAAUCUCAAAUUGAUAUACCUGGGCCCCAAUUCUGCUAUUUACAAUGGCCGAUGAAUGAAUGGCAAUUGGAUUAAAUUUGAAAUUAUUCCUAUUCUCUUUAGCAUUUUCCCAAAUAGGUUGGGGUCGGAUGCCAGUCUAACCGGUUUCAGCUAAGUACCAGUGUUUUACAAGGAGCGACUGCCUAUCUAACCUCCUCAACC